UUUUGGUUCCUCAGCUUUUGGGAAACCCGCAGCAGACAAUGUUACUUCGUCCUUUACGUUCGGUGCAGCAGUCAGUGCAGCCUGCUAGCAAACCUGAAAACUUAACAGCACCUCCACCUCAAUUUACUCAUGGAGGUAUUAUACACAUAUCUAAACAACCUUGCAAAUACUUAAUUAACUCUCAAUGUCCACUUUAUAACUGUUAAUUUUACACCUUAACACAAGCUUCAUCCUUGCUAGAAAAGGAGUGGAGAAAUAUGGAGUGGAGUGAAGAGUAAGUAGACCCACCACUAUGAAACUGGACUGUUAUAACACCAAGCGUGAGAGAGACAUUGAUGGAGUCUAUCAGGUCAUUUAAACCGGCCAGUGAGACUGUUACCGAAGCCAGAGUUUUGCUGGUCGGUCCAGUCGGUGCUGGAAAGUCCAGCUUCAUCAGCUCGGUCCAGUCUGUCUUCUCUGGACGGGUCAUCAACAGAGCCAUGGUGGGCUCUUCAUCCUCCACCAGCUUCACUAAAAAGCUUCGCUCGUACAACAUCAAAGGAGCGGGAGAGAAUGCAAAUGAGCCCACAGCUCUGGUCUUGUGUGACAUUAUGGGUGUAGGUGAAGGAGAAAGCACUGGACUGACUCUUCAUGAUGCACUGUCUGUAAUUAAAGGACACGCACCAGAGGGACACCAGUUUAGUCCUCAGCAGCCGAUUGGAGCAGAGACUGUGGGCUUCAUAAAGAAACCGAGCACUAAUGAUAAAGUGCACUGUGUGGUGUUUGUAAUAGACGGCUCAAAAGUCGGUUCAUACGCCAAAAGCUUUGGCGCGACUUUCCAGCAGUUAAGAGAACACAUCAGCAACUUAGGUGUGCACCAGGUGGCGUUACUGACCCAUGUGGACCAGGUUUGUAACGCUACCAGAAGUGACAUUACCAAGGUUUACAAGAGCCAGGCCAUUAAGCAGGCGAUGGUGAAGGCCGGAGAGCUGCUGGGAAUGGCCACAUCCUACAUCGUCCCAGUGAAGAACUACUGCUCAGAGCUGGAUCUGGAUGAAAACACUGAUAUUCUGCUGCUCAAAGCUGUUGACCACAUCUUACAAUAUGUGAAUCUGUACUUUCAAGACAACAGCAGUUAAAGCAGAGGUUCUCAACUCUGGCUUUCCAGAUCCACUUUCCUGCAGAGCUUAGCUCCGGUCUUGAUCAAACUCGCCUGUCUGUAACUUUCUAGUGAUCCUGAAGACCUUCAUUAUUCUUGUGCAGGUGUGUCUGAUAAUGGCUGGAGCUAAACUCUGCAGGAAAGAGUGGACCUCGAGCGCCCCCUGAUUAAAGCAUUACAAUAAGAAUCCACACGGCAAAUGCAGAAGUGCCCAAAAUGAGUUCAUCUCAGUUUUGUCCCAUUGAAAUGAUGAUGCCAAAGCUUGUAAUUCUUUGCUAAGAUAUUGUGGUGGUUUGAAUUUUAAUAAAACAGCUUUUAGUUUCAUAACAAUUUUUGUACUGUUGAACUGAAUAAAGCUUUGUGUUUACCAAAGUUUGCUAUUUAUUCGCUCAAACCUACAAAAAUAAAUAUAGGCAGAGCUGGGUAGAUUGCUUACAAUUUGUUAUUUAUUCCAAAUUACAUGAUAAAAAUUGUAGGUAAUAUAAUCAGCUAAGAUUACUUUUGACCUAACUUGUUUUUCACACUGAUUUAAAUAGGAUAAUCUUGUAGCAUAAAAAAUACAACAAUAAUUAGUUGUUAUUAACAACAUGAAGUACAUUAAACAUCAAAGUAACCUGCCCAACUCAAUCAGUCUUCAUGAAUCGGCUAAAAACACAUCUCUUCCAUCUUUAUUUGACCCUAUAACUCUAGUUUCUAUUCUAUUUUUUAUUUUUGUUUUUAAAUCCUCCUUUUAGACAUGCACUCUAUUCAUUUACUAACUGCUUGUUUUGUAACUGCUUAAACUGCUUAGACUAGUGUUACAAGUCAUCUUUUCUUUUUCUUUUUCUUUUUUUCUUUAAGACUGGUAGUAACUUUUUCAAGAUUGCUACAUGAAAAUGUAAACUGGUUUAUGCAGACGUUUAAUGGACAAUAAGUAAGUUUAUACUAACGUUUAAGACUAGUCAAAGCAGUUUAUGUGACCUGCCAGUGUCAGGUUGCGGGUUCAAACCCCAAAAAGCCCGGUGCGUUCACUAAAAAAAAUAGUUUCAAGAAGCUAGAACUAACCUGUAAUAAGACGUCUGUAAGAUCUGCAAAUGUUAUUUGUUUUAGUAAGUGUAAUGUGUAUAUGUAGCC